GUAUAGAAGGGAACCCCCCACCACCACCACCACCACCUCCCUCCAGAAGUUACUGGAGCCAGCCGGCAAGUUCCUCACUUCCCCCUCCCCAUAAAGCCCCGCAGCCAGUGUGCGAAGAGAGCAGCGUGGGGUUUGAACGAGCAGGACAACACAAGUAAACCGAGUAAUGUCCGUGUUUCCAACAUCCAGUGCGGGUUCAGAUAUUACCAGGUGCCGGUAACGUAGGUGUAUAAAACGUUGAGAAGGACCUGGGACCAGGGUCUGUUGUAUUGAGAAGAGGGGACGUCCUCGCCGUGUGUGUAGCCAUCUCUCUCAGAGACCAAGGAGCCGGUUGGCAAGUUAACAAGAAGACAUGCCUCAGAAACAGAAGUCCAAGUCCUGGACGGAGCUGAAACAAGCUGGAAAUGAUAGUUUCAAGACGGGCCAGUACGGGGAGGCCACCAAUUUUUACAGCCAGGCAAUCAAAGAGCUGGAGAAGUCCAGUAAAAAAAACCCAGAAGACUUGGGCAUUUUGUACUCAAACCGUGCAGCCAGCUACCUGAAGGAUGGCAACUGUGGGGAGUGUGUGAAAGACUGUAACAUGUCUUUAGAGCUGUUCCCGUUCUAUGUGAAGUCUCUACUCCGUCGCGCCGCUGCUUAUGAAGCUCUGGAGCGUUACAGGCAGGCUUACGUAGACUACAAAACCUCUCUACUGAUUGACUGCAACAUAGCAGCUGCUCAUGACGGCACCAACAGGAUGACGAAGGCCCUCACAGAGGCCGACGGUCCGUCAUGGAGAGAAAAGCUUCCUCCCAUCCCCACGGUGCCUCUGGCCGUGAGGGAGAAACUUGCCCAGACAGCUGCAAGCAGCGCAACCACACAACCGAAACCUACACCGCAACAGAACGGCACCAAACAAACGAGCAAGCCUGCUCCCAGUGAUAAAGACUUAAAGAAAGGCCAGGCCCUGAAAGAAGAAGGCAACGCCCUGGUGAAGAAAGGAGAGCACAAGAAGGCCAUAGAGAAGUACAGCCAGAGCCUAAAGCUCAACCCCACGGAGGUGACGACCUACACCAACCGGGCGCUGUGCUACCUGUCGGUGAAGCAGUACAGAGACGCCAUCAGAGACUGCGACGAGGCCCUGGUGAUUGACGGCAGCAACGUCAAGGCGCUCUACAGGAGGGCUCAGGCUCACAAGGAACUCAAGGACGUGAAAGCCUGCGUGGAGGACCUGAACACUCUACUGAAAGUGGAACCAAAGAACUCGGCCGCCGUCAAGCUGCUGCAGGAAGUGCAGAAGAAAAAGUGAAGCGGGCACCGGGGGACUCUGGAGGCGGCGGUAAGGAUCUGUCGCUGCACUGCGUUCUGAAAAGAAAGAGCCAGACGGGCCGACUGCUUUUGUAAGAGCGGCGGAAGAAGCAGCUGAGCACAUAGACUGUACGGAAGUAGUGGACGUUGCCUCUAGGUCUGAAACGUGCAGCCAGUUCCUUGUGACGGCCAGCAGGGGGUGCCUUCACUGAAGUCAGACUGUGUGUCUAUGAGAAAAUGAUAUUGUUCCCUCACUAAAAAUUUUCCUGGUGAGUUUAUGGUCUCAACUAAGCAGAGUAUGUCUUAGGGUGCAGCCACCUCCUGAUGGACCAUUUGCAUUCACCUGUUCAUAAGUAUGUAGACAUAGCAGCACGUAUUAUGACACCCUUACAUGGUUUUUUCAUUGUUGUCCAUGUCUUAGAGAGUCAGUCUUUUACUAUCUCUGUUAAUUUAACUAGUUAUUGUAACCAAGGUAGUUAGGGAUAAGUUUUUUAGUCAAAGCCAGAUAAUAAAAUAAAGUAAAAUGUUUUAUUGCUAAACUAAUGCACUUCUAGUUCAAAAGCAACGUGCUGCUUUAAGGUCCAGUAAAUUCUUAUAUCUAUACAUGAGGAUGUGUCAGUCCACCCCUCACCUAAAAACAGCAACGAAAGAAAAGGAAUGAAAAUAUUUGUCCAAAAAGCCACCAUGUGACAUCAGCAUCGCAGCGUCCACUUCUUCAGUUCAGUCUAUGUCCAGGCAGUGACACGAUCCGACCCGCUUCGUCUCAAACCACCGGGCCUGUGUUUCCCAAAAAGCUCCUCGACUCCGAACACGCGUUUGAUCUGUUCACGAUCGCGUCAACAAACACGAGCUCGGCCUCGAGGAGCUUCCAGAAAACGCAGCUCUGGUCGUUCGGGUGAAGAACUUGUGGCGUGUUUUUUAUUAAAAAAAACGAAGACGCGUCGCCAUUUUCAGCCUCGGAAAUGUUUGUAUCUGAUCUGUUUUAGUUUGUCGGCUUUAAGUCAUCCAGUAUUUAUGUUUAUUUAUAUGAACCGAAAUUACUGACAUGUCAUCCUGAGAUUAAACCGUGACACCGUCAUUAUUAGUAAUAAUGAAGUUUAGCAGGUUGCAAGAGGCCAUCGACCAAAGGCACUGUCAGAUCCAACUAAUGUUAUGUACAAAAUCACCUGUAAAGUCAUUAGUUGCUAAUGUGUAAAAAUAUUGGACUUAAAAGCGUAAAUAUCAUGGAAUCCCAAGAAACAAAGAAAUGAAGCUCAGACAGAGAAUUAAACAAACUUCAUACAAUCAUUGCAGUUCUCUUUAUCUCUCUUUAAAACCGAGACAAAACGUGACUUUUGUCCAUAUGGUCGCUCAUUUAUGAGCUAAAUGAAUCAACUCACUGAAACAUUGGUGAUCGUUAAGGUUUAUUCUGUCCUAUAUUUACAAGUUAAUGGUCAUUUUCACAUAUUCUACACUCAGGUAGUCUACCUAUCUACCUUACAUUUGCUUUCCUGAUGUUUUAUGUAUAUGUGUGUGUGAGCUUGUUUUUACCAAUGGAUAGAUAUUUAAUGGUCAUGACAUGUGGGGUGGAUAUGUUUUCCGGAUGGCCGUACGUUUGCAGAGCAGAGGCCUGUACUACGAAGCAGCGUUUGAGACGUCGGUUCCCUUUUUUACCCGAGUAAACCGCCUACGCUGCAGACCGAGCCCGCUUCAGAUCCAAUUCGGUGGCUGUGAUGCGGCUCAAAGAAAGAAGCUAAACCGGUCACUUUAUCUCCAGUGAGAACGGUUUGAAGCUGGAGCUGCUUUUAACGUAUACUAUGCUUCCACUUCUUUGUAAUUUUCAACUAUUAUAUCUUGCUCUUAAUGUGUAAAAUAUGCUGCUGCUUAACAUUGACGCUCCCAUGUCUGGAUUUUUAAAACUUACUGGGCUCAUAACUGCUGAAUAAAUGAAUGAGUUUCGUAGUACAGACCUCUGUUUUUGUGAGCGUUAGAAAUACCGUCAUAGUAUACAUCACUGUGCACAUUUGGGUUGAAUGAAUUCGGUAAAGUGCUCUGUCCAACAUGUCAUCCAUAUCUCCUCACUAUGUCUUGCACUUUUCCAUUAUUUUAGAGUGUUAAGUUUUUGUGAACAUCAGCUCCUGGUUGAAAGGUCGAACACGUGAACCUCAGCUCCUGGUUGAAAGGUCGAACAAGCGAACCAAGUACUACUCUCCUUAAACGGGUCCUUAGAACGUACUGUCUCUUUACACCACCUGAUUGUUUUUCCUGUUACUGUGGGGGAGAAGAAGCGAACUCUCUCAUUAUUGAACCUGCUGUAGCUCGGCAUGUCCCUCCUGCCUGAAGUGCCUGUCUUCAUCUUCGCUCUGUUGCACUGGACUAGUUUCUCCUGAUCCGCUAAAAUAAUUCAAAUUCGAAUGCGUCGUCGCCUCUCCGCGUAUCUGAAGUUGUUCCUUCGGGGAAGGGUUUGAGGCACGUCACGCUUUUUCCACGUUUGCACAGUCGAGCCGGAGACUGCGUGGCCACGGUCCACAGCACUGCUGCUGGUCGCUAAGAAUGUUUUAGCUCACCUUUGUUGUGUUUUAUUUUAAGGUUUUGUCAAUCUGCUUCUGUUUUAACCGCAAAUAAAGUUAAGAAAUAAACAUAACUAGAAUGAGCGUGUCUGUUUCUUUAAAACGAGACUUAACCUCAAUGUUUACCAGAAGGAGACCCCUCCAUAACGUUGGCCCCCCACCACCAAAUUCACCAUGGUGAUCACAGACCUCAGGUUGUCUGGUGACCCCGGAUGGAGCAGUGACGUUGUGUUCCUUUCAAAAUCCAAGAAGAGCUAGCUCCAUUGGUACGUUAGCAGCGUUUUAAAUUCUGAUCGAUUCACUCGGAAAUAUUGGGGUGAGGAAAUGUACAGGUGGGUUACCUAGGCAACCAGAGUACCUGUGAUGCGCACUAGUGACCAACUGUGGACGGUGGGGGAAGGCCUUUAUAUUUGAACAAAGCUGGUUGCUAGUCAGGAACAAUAAAUGUUAGAUGUCCAUUAGAAGUAGCGGCCACUACCUUUGAUCAUUGUCGUCCGAAUGUUGAGGAUGAGUUAACCUUGGUCUCUUGCUAUUCCAGGUCAUUAAAGGUCUUUUUUUUUUAUGAUCUCUCUACAAAUGGCUGAAUUUUACGAACGUUUCGUGUUUGCUUGAUGCCACGUCUCCACACGCCUCUGGAAUAUGAGAGGCAGGCUAGGCUAACUAUUAGCCCCUGUUUCUUGUCUGCAUGUUAACAGAACUAGCUGUCUUCCCUAUUAGCAAGUAAAUAGUGUAUUUCCUCAAAUGCAUCUUUGGGAGAAAAUAAAAUAAAAAAUAAGCUGCCGGUAUCUUUUACAUCCUAGCGCAAUAAACAAAACUAUUGAAAAUCAAUCUUUCAAGGUAUAAAAGGAAAAAAAAGUCAAUUAGUGCACGAGAAAAACCAAGGUACUAGAUCUCUGAGAUCACUCUGCUGAUCUCUGUCCUUCUUGGCUGCCUGAAAUCGAAAGUGCAACUAAAGAGGCCGAGAUGAGAGAGAUUUAUUUUGGCAGAGCACUCAGACGUGACUCAGAUCCGGUCUGGUACAGGUCUCCAAUGCGUCUCCAUUUGGGGAAGCAGAUGAAGAAGUAAAGAAAUACGACGUUUAAAGCAAAGCAGCCGCGUGCUGCGUUUGAUGUAGACGGUUUAUCUGGAGGCCGUUCAAAAUGAAACGGAGCCCAGUCUGAUUUAUGCUCAGCAUUGUUCUAAAAUGACCUUUUACCCAGACACGCUCCCCUCUGGUAUGUCCUGUGUGUUCAUCCGGAUUUGGAAAAAAAUAAAUAAAUAAAAAAUAAUGCACAACAAAUUUUCUAUUCCAACCUACAGGGACACACACACACACACACACACACAAGCCACCUGAUCAGAUCCUUGUGCGUGAAUCUAAAUCAAGCAGUUGGGCAACCUCUCAAACGUACACUCCCUCGGACCCCUCCCUGUUGACUGUGCGCGCCAGAAAGACAAUUCAUCAAAAGGUGACUCACCAGUGAGUCUGGAUGUGAGACGAGCGCAGUGACAGAAAAAACAAGUUCAAACAGCUCCAAUAAAACUAUGAAGAACAGAACCUGACAAAUUCAGGGUGUGUUCCGCUUUGUGGAGGUAGGAGCUCAAGUCCCCGCCGAGAAUGGACACGCACAAACGUUUCGUAAGAGACCAAUGUGGUCAUAGGUCCUAAAACAAACGACUUAAGCCAUAAAGAUAAAGCCCCAACUUUCUCUCAGUGCAAGUUCCAAGUACAUGGGCGUGUUGCGAUAUACAGUCAGCGGUGGCUAUUCUCCAGACCGACGUUGGGAACGCGGAGGCGUCAUUGUCUUCCUCGACUGAAUCAAUUGUGGGUUGUUAAUAAAGUUUGUAAAAAAAAAACAAAAAACUGCUUCUUUUUUUGUUGUACGCUCCUGUGCCAGUUCAUUAGGCGCGCUAAGGUAACAGUCCUGCUCUAAAUCCUACCUCCAUGACUCAUCUAAUCUUCAGUCAAUGUCGAAACGGCAUCAGAAAGGAGGUAGUUCAACUGAAUAGGUGAAUUGGAUUGUAUUUAAUUAUUGCUAUAAUUUAACUUCGCCCAAUACAAUUCAACAGAUCUGCCUCCACAAUGAACUCAGUUGAGUCAACACUUGACUAGUGUUUUCACUAGUGCGCCUAACGAAAUGACAAACGAGUAAACUUUUGGCAGAUUUGGCGCUCGUCAGUUCUCGAGAGGUCUCUGUACCGACCAACAUUUGGGGGCAUGUAAACACAUCAGAGAUAGUUCAAGAGGACGAGACGAAUCCAUGUUGAGCGCAACACUGAAGACGUGGACGGAUCCUGGUCAACUUCUUCUGAAUCAAUUCAGCCGUUUUAAUCAAUAAAGUUUGGUUGACAACGUUCAGUUUUAUUUCUUCUACAUACAUGCUGAUGUUUAGAUGUCGGAUUAUUUUUAUUUUAGUGUCCAUGUUGAAUCUUUGAUGAGAUCUUCAGGGCGAGGUAGUCAUCCAGCCAAAUUUUUCUUCCGUGCAUAAGCUAUUGAACGUUUAUCUUUUCUCUGCAAGUCGUUGGUGCAGUCAUUCAGCUACUUUCUUCUGACGCAAAUUAAAAAGACUGUCAAACCGACAUUUUUUUCCAUGUUCUCUCCAGAUACUCCGGCUUCCUCCAAACACACGCUAGUUAGGUGCAUUGGUGAUUCUAAAUAGGCCGUAGGUGUGGGCGUCUCUGUCUUAGCCUGGUUAGAUUUGUGACCUGUCCUUUCACCCAGUGACAGCUGGGAUGGGCUCCAGUCCCCCGCCAUCCUCCGGAGGACAAACAGAAAAUGAAAGGACCCAUGACAUUGCGCUCGCUACAUAAUAAAAGUGAUCGCACACGCACCAGUUCGCCAAAGCAAGGUGGCGUCUACAACGGUCGAUGUGAAGACUUUGGUCCCUUUGUCUCCUCUAACAGAAGUAAACUCCUGUUGUGUCGGAGAUUUACAUUUUGUUCCAACGUCUUAAAUGGUUUGAAUGUCUCAGUUUGAAUCAAUCCAGUGUCGUCAACAAAGUGGAUAAAAAUAAUAAAAGUUUUAUGUCUUGCAGAUAUGACGCAACCUUGACUCUAGAUUUAUGUUUGGGGCCAUGUGAACGCAUGUGUCUGAUCACAACAUUUUAUGAAUCAUUUUAUUUUCCCAAUUUCUGGUGUAGUCAUUUCUCUUUUUUUAAAAAUUGCAAAUACGGUUUAACCAUCAUUUACAUGUAGUGGAAAGGACUAAAUGAAGUUUCUUUACCAGUACAACAAAGUUUAUUCACGAGGUCUUGUUCUCUCGGUUCCUUUGUCUUCUCUGAAAGCCUAAGAAGAAGUCCUGUUGUGUUGACUGUUAUUUGACUGUAUUCCAAAGUUUUAAACGUUUUAAGGUCGGAAAAACUGGAAUUUCCACAGUCGCCCGUCCUCAUCAGAUAAGACGUCCCCUCUUGCCGUGUAUCUUGGGUGAGACCGGUCGGUGUGAGGUGAAACAACAUUAACAGGCUAGUGGUGGUGAUAAGAAACAGAGCAGGGCUGAUUCGGAACUGAUAAAACCUUUAUUUCACUUUAAAUUGUCUUUUACAUUUUUGUCCUGUUUAUAACAUGUAAGGUGAAACUAGAGUUGGAAUUUUUUUAUUUAUUUUUUUUUUAAAAGACAUACACAAAUCUAGUAUUACGUCAAUAACCAGGGUGAGGGGGUGGGGGGUGGUAUCGAAGAGGGGAGGUUUCUUUUUUUUUGUCAUUUUUUUUUCCUCAUUUUUAUUGGCGUCCUUAAGCUAACUCUAAAUUUUCACAACCACGUGCGCGCUAAGCAAUAAAACCGUCACAGAAGCAAACUUGUUUUUUUUUUUUUUGUUAUUUUUGGGUCUUUUUUUCCAUUUUUUUUUUAUUUUAAGCAGAAUACUGGUCAGUAAAAACAAAAUGAUUUCAGAUACCAGAUAUACAGACAGGCUCGGUGCCACAUUCACUACUGCAUGGGAUCAUUUUUUUCCUUACAAAGCGAAGAAUAACUGCCUUUUUUUUGUUGUUGUUGUUGUUGAGCUAACGAGAAAAAGAGCGGCAGGGAGGAUUUUUUUUUUUUUCUUUUUAAAACCUUUUAAACGUCAGUGCAUGAAAACAUUUGUCCCCAGCGAAAAAGAAAAGAAAACAAACAUUGAGACACAUGACUUUUCUACAGCUACAGAGUGGAAUGUCGAUGGUUGUUGACAAGGUUAUUGUGACACUGAGUGGAGAAACGCCCACCGGUAAAUUACAGUUUCGGAUUCGGGCGCAAUUUUCGUCUUUAAAUACAAGAAACCCGCGAUCUGACUCAUUUCUAUAGACGCGAAAAAAUAACGAGCUGGAAAAUGUACCAUUGACUUGCCGAUCAUGAUGCCCACUGAUUUUACUGCAGCUGAAAGUUUAAGGUCGCCUCUACACGUACGCUUGUUUCACCGCAUGAACCAAACUACGGGUUCUCACUUCCACGACUGGCUGAUCGGCUGCGAUUUGGCUCCUUCAACGCACGUACCUGUUGUGGACUCCACUUAAAACGAUAAGAAUAAUAGCAAACCACUGCUUCGGUUAGUUUUCAAACUUAAUUUUGGCUUCAAACCACUUGACUAUUCAGAUUUUUUUGCUGGGGCGUGUCCAUGAUUUAAGAAUGCACUUUCUGUUGCAGUGAGCCAAUUCUCCUAAUCCCGACAGGCGUAGCUGGAAUGAUAACAGGAUCAAUAAGUGUAGUAAAGUUUGGAAACGAGGGAGCAGCGAGCUCAGGUGUUAAAUCCACAGAGUGCACAAUCUCCCACUCGAAAGGCUGCAGCAGAUUUGCGCGGCGAUUAACGAAGGCAUGCAUUCUUGCGGGCAGAUCACACCAUUCAGAGUGGAAACUGUGGGGGGUGGGGCUUGUCUAAACUCGCCAGUACACGCAGCACAGGAGGGCACGGAGAGGGCGAAGGAGAGGGGAGAAGAGGAGGUACCGAGGGAGGAGUGAUGUGCCAAGGCAGAAAAAGAGCGGCGCGCCGUAACGGCCGGCCUCCGGGCUUCGAACGAACGGACCAACCGUUUUGAUUCCCGAAAGACGGGUUUUACAGUUCACAAUUUUUACAGUUUCCCC